CGGGAUUAAUAGUAUGAAAGUAUCUACCGUAUAUUUAUCGCAGUUAAUCGAGAGUGUAUCGCCUUUUUCGACUAAUCGAUAUUCUUACUCUAAGCGACUUUACGUCACAAAAACGGGAUUAAAAUACUUUUGACGACUAGCCGGUAAUUUUUCUCCUAGAACGAUUUACCGAGAUCAUACUUCGGUUAUGUUGUCGUCUCGCAAGAAUACGAUUUGAAAGUGAUUCUCGGUUGAUCCUAAGCAACAUCAUUUGUUUUUCAAAAACACAUUUAUUUAUUUCUUGUACUGUACAACGAAUUUAAACAAUAAAAAUAUCCAAAAUUGAGCAGAACAUAAAAAACUGUACAAACAGAAACAGUUAGCCAGCAAAAAAGAUCAAAAUACUAAGAAGACUCUAGCUAGAUUCGUUUAAUGUUGGAUAUCUCAAAAAUGUCCAAAUCUUUUUAUGUUCAUCAUACUAAUAAGCUUUUGUGCUGACUACUAUCAGUUUAUACUAUAAACUUUAUAACCAGCUACAUAAUAGUUCACUGUUCUUCUCGCCGUUUUUGUACGUAUUACGCACAACAAGGACGAAACUCAUUAUUUCCUUUUCUCUUUCAUUUUGGUAUAUGUCUAAUUCAUAUACAAAAAAAGCUGUUAGUUGGUUUUUUCUUUUCUCUAAGGGAUCAUUGUGUUAUUUAGUGUGACCGACGUUCUACUAGUCUGCUCUCUGUUUUUGUUCUCAAAACAAAAACUUCUGAAAAAAUCAUGAUCGAUUGAAUCACUAUUAUGCACAAUGAAAUCGCAGUUUUCUCUCCAAUCGCCAUGAGCAGUGACAGACCGAUUAGCCGGCCCUAAAAAGAAAAUCUCAUGGGUUGUUCUAAUUCAUAUACAAAAAAGCUGUUAGUUAUAACUAACAGCUGAUCUGGAUUUUGUAAUAGUAAAUCGCAAGUACUUUAGUAAUUGCGACUGACUGAUGAUAUGAAACUUUAUCGAUCAAUCUCGGCUAAAAAUGAGUCGCGUUCUUCUAGUGUGCAGUUAUGACUCUUCUUGCAAACACGAUUAAUCGAAGAAAGAUUUUGUUAUCGAGCCAUCGUGAAUAAAAGCGAAGUCGCGAUGUUAGCGUACAAAAACGCGAUUGAAGUCGUAGUCUAGAUUAUCGAUUGAUCGCAACUGCUUUUCAGUCGCAAUUUUACACUAUGAAAUCGCGAUUCUUUUCCCAGUCGCCAUGAGCCGUGACGGUCCGACUAAACGAUCAUUUCCGAUAAUCGCGAUUUUAUUACCGAAAUCGCCGAUUGAUCGUUUCACUACCAUUUGGCUCCUAUCAUCAAGUAGUUCAGGCGUGGUGUUGGAUUUCCUUGAAGCCCCAGGACUAGUAUCAGAUGACUUCAGGUGGCCUUGAAGUUGCAUAGAACAUUGGCAAUCGAUCACGUUGAAUCUGAUGGCAAUCUUUAUUCUUAAGUAACACCUCAAGAGCAAGAUGAAAAUUAGGGUUACCAGGCUGUUUUCACGUAAUAUUGAAAAAUUCGCAGCUCACUCAGAAAAUUGCAGAACGAGUUGGAAACUUCAAGGUGUACAGAAUUCAGGUCAUUCUAUCCUAUUUAUACCAGCACUUACAAAAAGAGAUUCCAAAACCAUAAGGUUUUUUGAAAGGUUUUCCAGAAAACUUUCGCACAGAGGUCUGCAUAGCUAUCUUCAUGAUCAUAACUGACGAGCAUAUAGAAAGGCUAAUAUUUUUAUCUACCUACCUUGAAGCUCCAAAACUAUAGCUUCAAGCCAGAUCCAAGAAAAUCUUUUUGUUGGGUUAUUUUCUUGUGACAGAAUAAGUACUUUAACAUUAUUUGAUUGUAUUCAGGAAAAAAAUGAUUAGCAGUAGUUUGAGUACCAUUCAUGGUCUGUAAAUACUAAAAGUACUAAUUGAACUUCAACGACUAUUUUUAAAAUAACAUUCAUGCCAUUUGUAUAAAAAUAUUCUUGACUUUACCUUUUGAGUAUUGAGCUGAGCGAGAUGAAACACCGAAAAUUAAUGGGUGGUUCCUUAAGAAUAGGUAGUUUUAUUCAUCGAUGGUGGGACAAAACCCGAAAAUAUUGCCCUUACGGGUCGACAUUUAUUUAUUCAGAAUAUUGUAGAACUUUUCAAGAGCUAUUUUUCUAUACUAAAGUCUAGUUGCAUCCUCUCUUAUUGAUAGGAAUAAAACGGCUAAAACAUCAAUUGUGUUGACUUUUAGAUGUCCUUGAGCUCAUAUUUGGCCUAUAAAGGAUUGAGUAAAUGAUAUAUAGAGCUUAUUUAUUCAGAAUAUUAUAGAAAUUUUCAAGAGCCAUUUUUCUAUCUAACUUAUUUUUAGGUAUUAUGACGAGUUUUUGGCAAAAAAUGAAAAAUUUAUUCCAGAAUCACUUCAAGGAUUUUUUAUGAUUCCUGCUGCAGCCUAUUUUUCUUCACAUAGAAAACAAAAUUAAAAAAAUAAAUUUAUACUUUUGUAGCGCUUGAAAUGGCGAAUUGCAUGACGUAUGAAUUAGAUGUCGAUGUAUCGACCGCAAAAACUAGAUGGAUUUGCAAAAUUAGGUUUCACCAACAGAGUCAUUCAGUUUUAUAAUUUUCCACAAAUGUUACAAUAUGCGCUAUGAGCCUGUAGAACACGUGUCUAAAUGCAGUUUCACAUGUGGCAUCCGAAAAUCAUGUUGGUGAAACCCAAAAGUGAAAUGGAGAGGAGAUGAACUCUAUUUUUCGAAAAGUCAUUUUUUUGGUAAUUUUCAUACCUUAUUAGUAUUUCGAGUUUUUCUCCGUGGAAACUCGGUCGAAAUUAAAAAAUAAGAUCAGAUUCGUAAUCAUCGGCUCAAGACAAAUCAGAAUAUGUGUGUCUAAUUAAAAACAAAAAUCCACUAAAACUUUGAACUAUUGGAACCUUAUUAGUCCAUCUAAGAGGGGCUGUCCUCGUUUUCGACACCGUGUUUUUGCCUUAGCUCAGUCAAAUUAAGCCGGAACUUAACCAUUUUGCCAGGGUUUAUAGUACUCAACGUAGGCUUUCUUUUGGCGAAAGAACAGAAUCUGUAUCUAUCAAGGAAGUUGAGUUAUUGCAAAAACAAAAAAGGUCUUAAACUUUUGUGGAGUACUUUUACUGGUACUGGUGCAUACCUAGUUGACAUGACUCUUCUUUUGCUUUACGUUCAGUUUUGUUUAUAAAAAUAUUUUUUGCAACUCAGAAGAAAACGAAAUUAUUCUCGAACUUUUAACAAAAGAGUAUAAAAGAGUUAAUAGUACGAACUGUGGAACAAAAAUAAGUAGUCAUACCAUAGGCAUUAAAUAAAAAGAACAAAAGAGAAUAAUAAUUUUCGGGUAACAACGCUAUUAAUAUUUUAUCAUAAGUAUGCUUUUUAAUAACAGGUUUUUCCCCAUAUUUUCAUGUAGAGAGUUGAUAUGUUCAUUAACAUCGUUAAAAAAAAUGUUUUUCAAAAUCAUUUCGACGAGUCAGCAGUGGUUACAGAGACAGCAGUCAUUGCAAAAUAGGAACGAGACAAGUAAAAUUUUGUUGAUAACUUAAGAUAGAAAGUUAAGUGUACGUGCUGAUGAUAACUUCUUCUACAGUAAUGCUAUAUUGAAUAUGUCAUAACUUGUUCUGUUUAUAUGAAGUCGCCUUGUUACAUAUUGUUGUAAGAAGGACUACUUAAUUUAAUAUAAUAGUGCAUAUUCCGGCAGCGGCGUAACCAGGAUUUUUAGUCCAAUGGGCAAACUCCUAUUGUAUCGGAAAAAAAUGAUGGGCAAAAUGGACAAGGUUUUUGUCGAUGGGCCAAAAGAUUUUUGGUCCAAAAAGAACACAUAAAAAUAAAAUGAGAUUCUUUCAAUUUUUGAAUUAGAUUCUAAUUCAAAUUCUACUUCAAAAAUAAACAAACAAUUCUGUCUAUAGGCACUCUUACAUAUAUCUUUCUAAGGGUUAUACAAAAAAAACCGCAUGGGUAUACCUGCUAAGUAAAAUUUCAAUAGGCAAAAACUUACUAAUAAAAAUUACAAUGGGCAAUUGCGGCGCGGCCGGGGGGGGGGGGGGGGGGGGGGGGGGGGGGNAAACGCAUGGGGAAUACAUCCAAAUAAAAAUUUAAAACGGAAAAACAAAAAUAAUAAAAAUAAAAAGGGCCAAUGCCCCCCCACCCUGUAUACGCCACUGUAUUCCGGUGAUAUAUAGUAUAGAUUCUGUGCCUUGAAUAUGAUCCGUGAUUUGUUGUACAACAAUCACAACAACUGUUCUCUCUUGUUUUUUCCUUUAAUCGCUUGUUGUCGAUGUGUUCACAUCUCAUUUUCUCGUUAUACUGUUUAUUAUUCUCUAACAUAUAGCCAGGUGUUGAAUAAAUGUCACUAUACGGGAAUAAAGUAUUUAUCAACUACAAGUGCUGCUUUAAAGAUCAAGAAAAUUGAGCAAGUGGGAAUCCGCUGGUAGAACAUGAGCCAAUAAUCGCAUUUGUAACAAAAGCUUGCUUUAUAUGUAUUUAACUCUGAAAAUCGUUAUUUCAUAGUGUGCUUUGACAUAAUAAAUAUCUACACAACACUUAUUAGGAGAAUAUCGAAGGCCUAGAUAUCGUUGUCGUUUUCCUUUUACACUACGUUUCAAAGUACUGAUUUUUCAUCGAUCUAUGAUUUAUCAUCAGAGAAAACUAAAAUAAAUGUUAGCAUACAGAGCCAUAUCACGGUUUACAACGUAUUGCUUUUUGAUUAUUUUCUUUCCAGUGCAUACUCUGAUUUUUACGCUGUAACAAUAUUUACACAGAGAAGGAUAAAAAAACAAAAAUUCUAGAAUUUUACCGUUAAAAAGAGCAUAUAUAACCUAGUUACAUCAAAAGACAAAAAAUAUACAGCACUCAUUUCUGUAAGAAACAAUAGAGAAAAAACUUUGCUUUUUCUGCUUACAGAAGGCAAGAAAAGCACAGAAUACCUCUUUGCUUUUUGUCAAGAAUUGGUUAGACUAUGUCGUUGUUCGGCUGUCGUAUGUUUGUUUGACGCGUUUCACUUAGACGUGAGUGCAAAGCAUGCUUUUUAUUUGUUUUAAAUUUUCGAUUAGCCACCUAUUCCGCAAACAGGAUCCCUACUCUUCCGCGAAUUUUUGUAAAUAAAUAUUAAGAACGCCCACACAUCAGUAUCUUAAAAACUCAAGCACAUUCACGCUAUGCCAUUUAAAUAUCUUUCAUGUGAAACUACUUUUCGAAGCCGCUCUCACGCUGUCCGCACUGCCCAUCACAUACUGCCAGAAAUAGGUAAAUUUGUAUUAUGUACAAAUUCGCGUAAGAGUCGGAGUCCUGUUCGCGGAAUCGUCUUGUCACGAAAUUUUCGCAUGUUUUUGUUCUGCUACAAAAAAACGGUAUCUUCUUUUCUUUUUGUACAUAUGACCAUGUGGGAUGCUGCUCGUCUUCUCUUCGUGUUGUUUUUUUUGUUUGAUUUAAUGUUAACAGCUAAACAGGUCCUUCAAAGUAUGAUCAUAUUCAGCAAUCUCUCGUUUGUCUUAUCAUCUCUGAUUUUUAGCUCGAUACUACUAAAAUUAAAUCUUUAUCGAUUCUAACCAUCAUUAAAUUUUUUCUAGAGUAAAACAACAAGAGGAAGAUUUCGUCUGGCUUAUCGAUAACGGCCUGUCCACAGAGACAUUGUGUAUUACAGAGAACAGAUUGUUUAUACAAGUUGGAAGUCCAUCAAGUACAGGUUUAGGAAAAACGAGUUUAUUACCGUUUAUAUUCAAUGAUAAACGUAAUAAAUCAUUAUUUACGGAUGGAGAACAAAAAUUUCGUUCAUCAUGUAUCGAUGUUUUAUUUGCCAAUACAAGUAUGCCUGAAAAAUCGUAUGUCAUAUUUGAUAUUCACGGUACAAUCGAUGAAAAUUUAAAUCUUGAAUUGAUUCGAUCAAUUCAACUUUAUGCUUCAUUGCAAGUCAUCUAUGUUACAGAACAAGAUUUACCAAUUGAACCAAAUGUUCCUGACUUUUUAUCUACGGUUAUAAAUUAUUCAGCAACUAUUCAUUUGAAACCGACUAUUGUUGUUAUUUUUGAUCCAGAUUAUGAUAAAGAACAAUCAACAAAUCAAUUGAUAAAUCGUUUUCAGAAUUAUUAUUCAAAUGGAAAUAGGUGGUCAAAUAUAUUUUGGAUCUCAGCUCCCAUUACAGCCAAGAUGAUAAGAGAUUCGAAUGAAACAAAGACGAUACGUCGAAUUGAACGUUUAAAAUCGUCAUUUAACAAUUUAAUUCAAGAAGUUGAAGAUCGAAUUUGUCAGAAAAACUUUACAUUUCAUUCAUGUUUUUCUUUAUUAUCAACAUAUUUAAGCAAUCGAACAAAAUCUACGUAUUUUAUGCCUCAAAUUCAUAUUAAAUUUGAAAUUGAACAGAAACUAGAAGAAUUAUUUGGUCAUUUAUCAGAUCAGACAGAAAAUUUGUUCUAUGUUACACCAGUCAGCUAUCUACGUUCACAAAUCGAUACCAUCAAACGCCGAUUGCGUGAAGAUAAUCAUACAGCAUCAUCAACAACAUUGAGUAAUCAACUGAAAGAAUUUGAACGUAGUAGACAGACACAUAAACCAUUUUCGGUGUACACUGAGUUUAUAAUUGAUCUAUUAGUUAAUCAUACGGAUAUUGAAUUAUUAGUUACAGAAAAUUAUUUUGAAAAAUGGCGAAAUACUUAUGCUUCGAAACUAACACAAGAAAAAGACAUUGUGAAAAAAUUGCUAUACGAAAACGAACGUAAAAUAAAAUCAUCUGAAGAGGUAUUAGAAAAAUUAAAAAAGAUUGAAAAACAAACAGAGGUUGAUAAACUUGCCGGUGAAUUACAAAAAUUACGAGAACAAAAUACGUAUGUCAAACAACAAGUUAUUAUGAUUGAUUCUAAACUAGCUAACGUCGAUUUGACCAUCGGUCUUCUGUGCGAUGAAUUGUUUGCCCUUUAUGAUUUUCUUUACGAAGAACAACCCGUCGAUUUCGAAAAACAUAAAGCUAUGUUUGAACUUUUAACGGACAAAAUAUCACGUCUCGUCUAUAAAGGAUUUGCUAUACAUAUUCUACGUAGUCGACCAUUAGUCAGCCAGAGUCAGUUAAUGAAAAAGUGCUUGGAAAAACUGAAAAUAUGUGGACCGUUAGCUGUCGUUACAGUUGUAGGCGAACAAUCAUCAGCCAAAAGUUCACUGAUGAAUACCACAUUUGGCUGCAACUUUCGCAUUAGCUCCGGCAGAUGUACCAUUGGAAUGUAUCUAGGUAUAGCUUAUCAUAAACAGAUGACGAUCAUAAUACUUGACACAGAGGGUUUACUAUCGUUAGAAGAGUCCGGGUCAAUAUUCGACAAUCAAAUGAUAACAAUGGCAAUAUUAACAUCUCACAUUGUAUUAAUUAAUCACAAAGGCGAAUUAAGUUCAAAUUUAGAAGGUUUGAUCGGAAUGAGUAUAUAUGCCAAAUUACACAUACAAAGUUCGCCGAUGAAACCCAAAAUAUUGUUCGUUUUGCGCGAUCAGAUGGAUCGAAAUAAAAACAUAUUUUUUGAACAACUGAAUAAAUUCAAAGAUAAUCUACAUGCGAGUAGUACAAGUUUAAAAAUAUCCAUCGAUGAUGAAUUAGAAAUUGGACAUGAUAAUAUUUCUUUAUUGUCUAGUGCAUUUUCCGAAGAUUUAAAUCCAGUAAUAAAUAUUGUUCAACGUUGGAAAAAUCAAACAUUUCCAGUACAAAUUCAUGACCUUCGUUCAAAUAUAUUCACCGGUUUAUACGAAUUGAUUACUGUACAGGAACAAGGCUAUAAAAAUUUUGAUUAUCUUUAUCAAAAAUUAACAAAUAAUUGGAAAUCAAUUGAUGAAUUAGGAGAGAAUUUGUUAGAAUGUAAAACAUUGUACGAGUUGAGUAUAAUUAAUGAAUUAAAAGAUAUAACAACAGCUAUUAUACAUUCAAAGUCGCAGAAAUUAUUGAACGAAGGAAGAUAUUUAUUGGAUAACGAAUUGCAAAAACAAAAACAGCAAUCGCAACAUAUUUUAUUAAACAAUACACCUACUUACAUUAAAGCAAAUGAUAUUUACUUGAAACAAUUGAUUGAAAAUGCUAUUGCCAUGUUAGAUAAUUUAACAAAUAGCAUUGUACAAGAAGCUCUUGAUGAUUUCGAAUCACGCACACAACAAUCAUAUUACGUAAACGUGCGUGAAAAAAUACACAAAAACAUUGAGCCGUCGAUACGCAGUCAUCAGCAGUUAUUGCAACAACGUUUCGAAGAACAAGUUUAUACUGUUGCACAAACAAAUGCCGCAACUCAUGUUCAACGCGAAUUACUGAAUAGUGCUGCCGAGUUUUUUGAACGUGAAAGACAAACGAACAAAGAUACAAACGAGUUAAAUGAAGCAUUGGAAAGAAAACAUGCUGAAUUAGUCAAAGAAUUUAAUCAAAGUUUGAAUUCGAUGAAAAAAACACAUGAACAUAUAGCUGAAAUAAUACUAAACAUUUAUAAUCGUCUCGUAAAAUCGCAUAACGGUUUACAUGCAAAUAUUUGGUAUCGGUGUCCACCGUUGUCAUAUCAUAAAUAUAUGGAAAAAUGUCAAUAUUUAGAUCAAGUAAUUCAAGCAAUUAUUAUUUAUUUACAGGAAUCAAAUGAAAAGAAAACAUCCUGGUGGCAACAAUUAUUUGAACAAAAAAAAAAUGAUCCAUGGUAUGAGUAUAAACGUCGCAUACGAUGGUUUUCUGAUCAUCGUGAUAAUGAACGAAAUCGACAUUUAUUUUUGGCAAUUGUACAAGACUUAAUUCCACAACUGAAUCAAGACGUAAUCAGCAUGGUAACAACCACUGAAUGUUCAUAUUCCGAUCCUCAGACAAUAGUCGCUCUAAUAACUUACGUUGAUAAUGCAUUGAACGCACAAAAAUCUUGUGUACAACAACAUUAUAGGUAUUUGAAUGUUCCUCAAUUAGCUUCUGACCUCAUACUUAUUUCACUCCGUAUAUUGAUUGGUGAAGCUGUACGUCAAAAUGAAAUAAAACAUGAACAGUUGAGAGAAGUCAUUAACGAAUUAGAAAAAUGGAAAUUAAUCAUAAAACAGCAAUUUAUAUUAAUUAAAGAUUCACUUGCACAAGGUAAUAAAUUUCGUGAAGAUUUAGAAGGACAUAUUGUUUCAGAAGCAAUACGCAUUUAUCAACAGACAAUGAUUAAUGUAAUUCAAGUAGCGAUGUCAACAAAUACUCAUAUAGAAGCGAAAAAAAUUGCACGUAAUGCGUAUGAUGAGAGCAUCGGAUCGCAACCGCCUAAUGCUAAAAAUAUUUUGAAAUAUGUUGAAGAUAUCAAUCGUUAUUAUCUCGAAAUAGCGUUAGAAAAAGUUAAAUUGAGUAAGGAUAACAUUAUUUUCAAUGAAAUGACUAAGUUAAAGACAAUAAUUGAUGAAUCAAUCACAACUGCUGUAACCGUAGUCCGAGAAAAUCGUUAUCAAAAUGUACACGAAAUUUAUCGAGAAAUUGUUCACCAAUUAAGAAUGAUUCUACCUGGUUAUGUGUCGUCUGAAAUGAUCGGUAUAUCGGCUGAAAUAAAAGACCCUGCUCAAUUUAUUAAAAGUUUUCAGCAGAUUGAACAUAAUCGUCAAAAAUUACAGCAACACGUGGAUAAUCUUCAGAAUGAGUUUGAAACUGUAGCUGACGAUGAGUGUAAAAAUGUGAUUCGAACACGUCUUGGUUGCCAAAGUCAAUGUCCGGGAUGCGGUGCAAAAUGCGAUAAUGCUGUUCAUGAUCACUCUCAUCAUGAAAGUACUUAUCAUAUUGCGGAGGCGUUUCACAGUGGGCAUUUUUUGCUAGAGCAAGCGGACUUUAGCUUUAUGAGUGAACUAAAAUUUCAUGAACCAUCUUUUUAUAGGUUUUUCAUGAUCCUCUUUCUAAUGGCAUGA